AUGAUCAAAGCCGAGUUGAUUUAUUCAACGAAAUAUCUUCAUUUUGCGGCAAUGAAUGAUAGUAAAGAAACAGCUGAACUUCUUAUCUCUCACGAUGCAAAUAUCAGUGAAAAGGAUGAAAAUGGAGUAACUGCUCUUCAUUUAUAUAAUAUAUAUAUCUUAAGAUAUUUUAUAUAA